AUGGAAUUGGUAUUACAAGCUCACAUUUUAUUAGCUUCAACAAUCGAAGAUGAUACUAGAUAUGCUAGUAUUGAUAAAAACUACUUAGAAAUAUCAAAACAGAUCCUUAAAGGACAAUCCAUUGAUGCGAUCAAGACCAUACUGAAUGAUUUGAAUGUUCCAAAAAUCGACCUAAGUACUGUCGACUCAUCCAAAGUUGGCAUCGCCAAUGCUUUAAAUAAAUUGGUCAAUGAAAAUAUAGUAGGAAAAUUGCAAAGUAAUAUGGCAUUACUACUGGCAAUUUCGCUUAUUCAAACUUUUAUUCAAGAAAAUUACACAGGUCCUGCAACAGAGAUAGAAAUCAAUGAAUUUAUUUUCGAAUCGAUUGAAGAUCAGGAAAAGUUACAAUAUGCUUUGACUUCUAUAUUAAGUAUAUCAGGGCAACCAGCUUAUGAAUUAACAUCUGGACCACUUUUACUAAUUUUAGCUUUAUUUAUUUUAGAAAAAUUAACUAACAGUUGUACACUUUUCAAAUUAUCUGAUGAGACUACCAGUGAUCCUGAAUUGAUCACAAUUGACUCUCAAAAUACGUCAAGUUUGACAGCUUUUGCUCACUGGUGGAGAGCAAGAGCUCUAUUAGCGCAGCUAUCAUUAUUACCAGAAACUACUGGUGACCAACCUGCAAUUGCUGCAUCCAUUAUGAAUUCUAUUGAAUUAGUACAUGCCGUUGUCAAAGAAUUUCCUGAAGAUGUUAGUACUGAAUUUAAAAAGAAACUAUAUACGAUCUACUACUUGGAAAAUAUUAAGUGUUCAUUAAGCAUCAAUGCAGAACAGUUAUUCUUACCUUCUCUUACGAAAGUGAUGAAAUUGACUGAUUUUAAAUUUGUUUUAACUGGUGCUCGUGCGAAAAGAACAAAGUUCCAAACCGUAGCCCAUUCUGGAUUAAUUAUCCUUGCACAAUCGUCAACUUCUACUGAAAACUCAUCAGAAGAAAACGAAGGAACUCCUGAAGCUUUUGCAUUGAAUUCCGAAUUAUUGUUAGAAAAACCUGUUUUUGAAUCGAUUGGUCAAGAACCUUUGGAUGAACAAAUUGUUAAGAAACAAAAACUAGAUGAAGAAGAAGGUCUUGAAGUUGAAAAACUUUUACCAGUAGCUAUUAGACAGGAAAGCAUUCCAAUAGAGUUGCAAUCGUUAGAUCCUAAUAAUCAACCUCAACUAACUGAGUAUGACAAUCUACAACUGCUUUUGCGUAUGUAUACAUUAAAACAAACUUCUCCUGCCAAAGAUCCAUUAGUUGAACAAGAAUUAACUGCUUUAGUAAGCAGAAUUUUAUAUCAAGAUGGUUCUAAGAAUUGGUCUAUCUUUUCUCGUUGUUUAUGGGAAAGAUCUAUUAUCGAAACAUCUAAAGCUAAAACAAUUGAAAGAGGUCUACUACAAAUGCAUUCUUUAGUAGAGGAUCUUGAAUUGCAAAUCACAUCUAGAUUAUUACCACAAUCUAGCGAUACGUCAAGUGCAUCUCCUGUUCCAAGAUUAAAAUUCAUACAUCAGCUACCAUUUUUACCACGUUGGAAUCUAGAUGCUACUUUAGCUGAAAAAUAUAUGUCGUUAGGAAUUUUAAAGUCUGCUGUUGAAAUAUACGAAAGAUUGCAAAUGAGUUGUGAAGCUGCAUUAUGUUAUGCUGCUGUUGGCGAUGAAAAACAAGCCGAAGAAAUUAUAUUAAAGAGUAUCGAAAAGAAUCCUAAUGAUGCUAGAGCGAUUUCAAUCUUGGGUGAUAUAAGACAAGAUCCAAAUUUAUGGUUAAAGAGUUGGGAAAUUGGCAAAUAUAUUAAUGCCAAAAAUUCAUUAGCUAGAUACUACUACAAUCCACCAACAGGUUCUGGCUUAACUAGGGAUUAUGGUGCAGUUCUUAAGCAUUUAAAUGACUCCUUAAGACAAUUUACUUUGAACUUCGAAACUUGGUACUUUUAUGGUUGUGUUGGAUUAGAGUGUAACAAAAUGCAACUGGCUGCUGAAGCGUUUUCCAGAUGUGUUGCAUUGGAUGAUACACAUUCUAUGGCUUGGUCAAACUUAAGUGCUGCCAAUAUUGAACUAGGAAAAUUAAAAGAAGCUUUAAGCGGUUUAAAGAGAGCAAUUGCUUGUGAUGCCCAAAGGAAUUGGAGAAUUUGGGAAAACUAUAUGCUUGUUGCUGCUAAGUUAAAUGAAUGGGAUGAUGUUUUAAUCGCAUGUAGACAAUUGUUAAAUAUCAACAAAGAUAAAAAUGGCGAGAUGGCUAUUGAUAUUCCAGUAGUGGAGAAACUGAUUGAAUUAUUAGUCUCCACCGAUUUUCCAAGAGGUGAGGAAGAAAAAGCCACUCAUUUCCAAAAAUCAUGUAUUGAGUUUGUGUGUAACAUGUUACCUACUGUUAUUACUACCAGUUCCAGAAGUUGGAGACUAGUUGCUAAAGUAGAACUAUGGAGAAAGAGACCAUGGGCUGCUUUGGAUUGUCAUGAAAAAGCCUACAGAGCGAUUUCUCACAAUCCAGAUUUAGAAAUUGAUGAAAAAAUCUGGAAUGACACAGUUGAUGCUUGUGAAGAUUUAGUUGCUGCUUAUGAAUCUCUAGGCGAGAUGGAAGGCAGACAUGGUGAAGGAAGCUUGGUAUGCAAAGAUUGGAAGUAUAAGGCAAGAUCUUCAAUCAAGACAUUAAUGAGCAAAGGUAAAGAUAGAUGGGAUGGUACUGAUGGGUGGGAUAGACUGCUAGAACUCAGAAGUUCAUUGUGA